AUGCCGUCCACGGCUUCUGUCUUGUUUGCCGCGUUGGCCCUUUCGAGUGUUCAGAUUGCAGUUGCUUCGCCCGCGGAGGUUAAUGUUGCUGCGACGUCAUUCUGCAGCACUCCUAGCCGUGGGUACAGCUGUUUCCCGCUGUACUCUCAGUUCUGGGGCCAGUAUUCUCCGUACUUUUCGCUGGAAGGCCGCUCUGCCAUCCCCUCGACUGUUCCUCCUGGCUGCAAAGUCACCUUUGCGCAGUCUCUCCAGCGCCAUGGCGCUCGAUUCCCUACCAAAAGCAAGACCGAAGUCUACUCAGAACUGAUCAAACGCAUCCAGAAAGAUGCUACUGAAUUCAAGGACGAGUUUGCUUUUCUGAAAGACUACAAAUAUAACCUCGGAGCUGAUGAUCUGACUCCCUUUGGUGAGAGUCAGCUAUAUGACUCCGGCAUCAAGUUCUUCCAGCGGUACCACGGCCUAGCCAAGGGCUCCAAGGUCUUUGUCCGAGCUGCAGGUUCCGAUCGGGUGGUUGCCUCUGCCUACAAGUUUGUGGAGGGCUUCAACAAGGCCAAAGGGAACGAGAAAGGAGGGAUCACCAAGCUUGACCUCAUCAUCAGCGAAGACGACCGCCGGAAGAACCCAAUCGCCCCCCAGGGCUGUGAUGGCUUUGACAACGACGAGACUGCUGAUAAGGUCAGCGACCAGUUCCGCAGCACCUUCACCCAGCCUAUCGUAGACAGAGUCAACAAGAAGCUACCGGGAGCCAACAUCAAAACUGGAGACAUCAAGAGUCUGAUGGCCAUGUGUCCCUUCGACACUGUAGCCCGUACUCCUGAUGCCAGUAAACUCUCUCCAUUCUGUCGUCUCUUCUCUCACGAAGAUUUCCGUCACUAUGAUUACCUUGAGACCUUAGGCAAGUUCUACGGCCAUGGGCCUGGAAACUCCUUUGGCCCCGCCCCCGGAAUUGGCUACGUCAACGAGCUCAUCGCCAGAUUAACCAAGUCGCCAGUCCGUGACAACACUACCGUCGACCAUGAACUGGACGAUAACCCAGAGACCUUCCCGCUUGACCUACCCCUAUAUGCUGACUUUAGCCACGACAACAGCAUGACGGUCAUAUUCACUGCCAUGGGCCUUUUUAAUGCUACCAAGCCUCUUUCUCCAACUCAGAUUACUAACCCUGCCGACGCGUAUGGUUACUCUGCCUCCUGGACUAUCCCGUUUGGUGCCAGAGCUUACUUUGAGAAGAUGGUGUGUGAUCAUUCUCCGUCAGCUAAACAGGAGUACGUCCGAGUCUUGCUUAACGACCGUGUGUUCCCUCUUCAAGGUUGCCAUACCGACUUCCUUGGGCGAUGCAAGUUGGAAGACUUUAUCGACGGAUUGACCUACGCAAGGUCCAAUGGGAACUGGGACCAAUGUGGAGUAUCUCCUACUAUGUGA